AGCGGUGGGUCUCCAGCGACAAGUAGGAACCACUUCAGGUGUAUUGGAAGAAGGGGUGUCAGGAGUGGAUGACAGCCGUAUUUCUGGCAUGAGGAACUGGAUGCUGGGGAUGCCAUUUGCCAAAGUGCGCAGCGGAGGAGGAGCAAGUUCAGUGUCACCUGCCUGAGGGGCAGCAGCUCCUGAACGGAAUGCAGAGAUGGGCUGGGGCACCUCCAGAGUCAUGGGUGUCUGGGUUGCAUUUCACACCAUCGCUCUGGGCUUGAUUGAGGUGCUUAGAUACUGGAGCCAGGUCCUCUCCACUAUGGCCCGGCGUCCACGGAGUAGCAGGGCGUGGCGAUUUGUCCUGAGUGCAGCUCGCCGAGACACAGAUGCCCGAGCUGUGGCUCUGGCAGGCACAACUAACUGGGGCUAUGACUCUGAUGGGCAGCACAGCGACUCAGACUCUGACCCUGAGUACUCUUCCCUGCCACCGUCCAUCCCCAGUGCUGUGCCUGUGACAGGAGAGUCCUUCUGUGACUGUGAGGGCCAAAGUGAGGCUGCCUUCUGCAACAGUCUACAUGCGGCACACCGAGGCAAGGACUGCCGUUGUGGUGAGGAAGAUGAGGAUUUUGAUUGGGUCUGGGAUGACCUGAACAAGUCCUCAGCCACCUUGCUGAGCUGUGAUAAUCGCAAGGUCAGCUUUCACAUGGAAUAUAGCUGUGGCACUGCAGCCAUCCGGGGCACCAAGGAGCUAGGGGAUGGCCAACAUUUCUGGGAAAUCAAGAUGACCUCUCCUGUGUAUGGCACUGACAUGAUGGUGGGCAUUGGGACAUCAGAUGUAGACCUGGACAAGUACCACCACACAUUCUGCAGCCUGCUCGGCAGGGAUGAAGACAGCUGGGGCCUCUCCUACACUGGGCUCCUCCACCACAAAGGUGACAAGACAAGCUUCUCGUCACGGUUUGGCCAGGGCUCUAUUAUUGGUGUACACUUGGACACAUGGCACGGGACCCUAACCUUCUUCAAGAACAGGAAGUGCAUAGGAGUGGCUGCCACCCGGCUGCAAAACAGAAGGUUCUAUCCGAUGGUGUGCUCCACAGCUGCCAAGAGCAGCAUGAAAGUCAUCCGCUCCUGUGCCAGCUCCACCUCCCUGCAAUACCUGUGCUGCUAUCGCUUGCGCCAGCUGCGGCCAAACUCAGGGGACACCCUUGAGGGCCUACCCUUGCCACCUGGCCUCAAGCAAGUGCUGCAUAACAAGCUGGGCUGGGUCCUAAGCAUGAACUGCAACCAUUGGAAGACUCCUGUGUCCCCUCCUGGCACCGCUGCAGCUGACACACAGAGUGUCGAGGCCAGGCCCUGUCAGAGGAAGCGCUGCCGAAGAAGCUGACUUGUCUGCUGGGAAUGCAGCUACCUUUCUCUGCUCUGCCUCUCCAGGCAGCAGGAGAGGGAAAAACUGAGAUUUGUCUAGGCU